AUGAACACUGAAAUUGCCUCGGGUGACGCACCUUCUUCAAGCUCAACCGUGCCUCUUGUUGCAAGUCAAGUUGAGACUUCGUCUAUUGAUACUCCAAUUGCUGCGGUUGAAGAUCAACCUGCUUCUGUUGACGAUGUUGUUCCAAGUGGCUAUCUGAUAAUUUGUCGUCCACCUUCUCCUCCUGCGCCACCUCCUCCUUCUCCUCCUCCUCCGCCUCCUGCAUCUCCUCCUCCUUCUCCGGCCACGGAAGGAUUUGCUAUUCGAGGGAUGUCGGCUGAAGUAGCUAUCACCCUUCGAGCUUCUUCCAGUACUCCGCUUUGGAAAGAACGCAAGCCACACUAUGAAGAUACCUCUUUGAGAGCUCGUCCUAGAACCAGGAGGCGCAUUGUUUCUGAGGAUGAAACUGAAAUCUCUCCCGCUCGUAUCUCUGAACCCGUUACUAUUACCUCCGACGAAGAAACCAUUCCAAGGGACUCCCCUGAAUCCACUCAUCGCCUCUUUAUUGAGGGCUUCGAAAGUGGUGAAUUAGGUCCGAUUUUAGAUGAAAUUCCUCUUUCAUCUUCCGUUCCUGUUCUUUCUGUUCCUCCUCCUCUAAUUUCAAUUCCCCCUUCCUCUGCUCAUUAUGCAGAAGAGGGUUCUAGUAGCAGAAGCAUGGCUAUGAGGAGUGCUAACCUCAUUGGUACGGAAUUGAUGGGAAGAAUUUCCCUCUUAGAAAAGAAGGCUCGCGAGUCUGAUCAGACUUUUCUUGAGGCUGAGAGGAUAGCUAGAGAAGCCCAGCUUGAGGCAACCAAUUGGAGAGAGCAGUUUAAAAAUGCUCAGAAAAAGAUAAAAGAAUUGCAAGAGAAUAAACGUGACCUGGAACAGCAAAAGCAAAUUCUGACUUCUGAAUUAGCGGCGGCCAAGGCUUCUUCUAGUAAAGCUGAGAAGGAUAAGGAGCGUCUUGAAUGUUCUUUUUCAGAACAAUUAUCAAAGUCAAGCGAAGAGAUUAGAGAACUUAAGGUAUUGUUGAGCAAGAAAGAAGAGUACGCGGGAGAGCUAGUUCAAAACUUGUCUCAGGCUCAGGCUGAUUUGCAAAUUUCCUCUGAUAAGGUUCGUGCCUUAGAGAAUUCUCGUGCCUCCCUUGAAGCUACCCUUGACUCCACUUUGGCUGAAAAUCAAAUGUUAAAAAAUGAUCUUGCCUCGUGGGAAAAGGAUUAUGAGCUUCUUGAGGAAAAGUUUAACACAGAGGUGAGCUGGGCCUUUCUAAAUUCCCGCCGUGAUGCCUUAACCGAGGCCAGUCAAGAAAACUUUGAUUUAGAAUCGGAAUUGGCCAAGGUUUUAAGAACCAUUGAAAUGACUCAACAACCUCUUGACUUUCCUUCUCCAGCAGAUGGAACUCCCGUGGCUGAGGAACCUUUAAAUGAAGGAGCCGCUUCUGUUGAAGUUGAAAAUGUUACAAUUCCAGCUCCCGAGGGUGAAACUUCACUUAUACAGUCCGUGGAAGCUGAAGCUCCCGUGACUCUUGCUUCCCUCGGUGAUUUUAACACUUCAAGCCCAACUGCCGCUACUUCCUCAGAAAUUGCUACCGUGCCUACAGCUGCUUCUGAAAGUGAAGUUGACAUUGCAACUUCAGAAGUUCCAACCCCUUUAGUGACAAGUUGA